ACCGGAAGUUAUCUGUAGGGAUAUUAAGAGGUUGGACUCCAUUCUCCAGGCUGCCUCGCGCGCGACCGGAAGUUCUCUCAGGGAAGUGGCCGUCUGGAUGAGGGGGAAACAGAAGACUCCAUCACCCUAACUAAUCCGCGCGAAGCCGGAAGUUCUGGUAAACUAUAAAAAGGGAGAGGCGGGGCAUCUUGGCGGCUCUUUGGAGGCGGUCUCGGGAGCGCGAUGGCCAGGGGCCACUUCUAUGUCUCCUCCCUGGCCCUGGGCACCCUGGGCUCCCUCUGCCUGCUCUUCGUGAUCUACUGGGUGCAGCACUGGCGCGGCGGCCUCGCCUGGGACAACAGCAGCCGCAUGUUCAACUGGCACCCGGUCCUGAUGGUGGCCGGCAUGGUGGUGGUCUAUGGGGCGGCCUCACUGGUGUACCGCCUGCCCCAGUCCUGGGUGGGCCCCAAGCUGCCCUGGAAGGUGCUCCACGCCGCGCUGCACCUGGCGGCCUUCACGCUGGCCGUGCUGGGGCUGGUGGCCGUCUUCCGCUUCCACCAGCACAACCAGAUCGCCCACCUCUACUCCCUGCACAGCUGGCUGGGGAUCGCGGCCGUGACCCUGUUCGCCGGCCAGUGGCUCCUGGGCUUCUCCGUCUUCCUGCUGCCCUGGGCGUCCCAGGGCCUGCGCAGCCUCCUCAAGCCCGCCCACGUCUUCUUCGGGGCCACCAUCCUGACCCUGUCCAUGGCCUCGGUCCUCUCCGGAAUCAACGAGAAGCUCUUCUUCAGCCUGAAGAACGUGACUGCCCCCUACUCCAGCCUCCCUCCGGAGGCCCGCUUUGCCAACCUCACCGGGAUGCUGGUGGCCGCCUUCGUGGUGCUGGUGCUCUACGUGCUCCUGGUCUCGUCCUGGAAGCGGCCUGAGCCGGGCCUCCUGACGGACAGACAGCCCCUGCUGCACGAAGCGCAGUGAGCCCCGAGGGCGCCGGGAGCAGCCGCCUUGUCCCUGCUCCCCAGGCCCUGCCCCCUGCUUGUCCCGCUCGCUGAC